GAGAUAGGUUACGACAAACAGACCAAACUUCAAAUGGAUAAUGACAUUUUUUAAAUGAAAGUGAGUUUACUCAAUUCUCCCCGUAUUUAAUCAUGAAUAGUAACCAUUAAAAUCCUGUGCCUCUGCCUCAACAUCACCAAAUGACAAUGGCACUAUACCCCUCAAUUCUCACACAGACCAAUCUAUUCUCUCCCGCCAAACCAAAACCACUGUCUUCAACCUCAAAGCCUCUUUUCCUGCGCACCCCCUGCCUUAUCCUACGCCUUCAUUCCCCAACCCCUUCUUCCUCCACAUUCUCUGCAAAGCCCAUCUCCCAAAUCUCCCUCACAACCUCUCUAAGAGCCUCAUCUCCCCAGAAGUACGUGUACCCUGACCCCAUUCCCGAAUUUGCAGAAGCUGAGAUACGAAAGUUCAGGGCUGAGGUUCUGAGGAAGCUUUUGAAGGAUAAAGACACAUUCGGGGAAGAACUUGAUGCGGUUGUAGAUGUUUGUGCAGAGAUCAAUCCAGGAUUGGGAGAUGAAAUCUGCCAUAUGGGGCAGAUACUCUGUGUUCGACUCCAUCUUCCAGGAAUUUCUUCAAAGUCAAACCCUAUUACAAAAUGCUACAUCCUUCAAAACGAUAGUCUUUUACUUGGAAAAGUCUAGGGAAGCCUAAAGUCUCAACCAAGUUCACUGGGUUAUGCUGAAAGGAGUUGCAGAGCUUUUAACAAGUUGACAAGGCAGGUUUGGUAGAUGCAGCAAUAUAGCAAUUUGGAAAGUGAUCCUGUAUUGUCACAUGUGGUGCAUUAGGAGAGACAGAAAUGCUAGAAAGUUUGUUCAAAAUGAAAAAAUAUGUUAUUGUUGUGAACCUUUUAUUCCUCAUAUCAUUAUUUGAGUGGAUGAAUGCUUCUAGUCUA